ACUGGCGGCACAUAUGUACUCCAGACUUCGGAGGUCAAAGCUGGCGGCGGACAGGUGGAGAGCCAUCGAAAUUGAGAGAGCGAGAGUAGUACUCCGUAGUGAGCAGAGACUGUGCGUUCAAGUUCAAGCAGGCAAGGAAGCAAGAAGAAAAGCAAAGGGGAGAUAAAAAAAAGAAAGAAAGAGAAAGAAAAGAAGAAGAAGAAGAAGAAGAAGGCCCAUGAGCAUGAUGCCGAAUAAUGCACCUCCAGCAUCAUCACUUUCUCCCCUAAAACUACCUUGCUACCUUGUUAUAUGUACCGCGGUACGGAGUACAUGCAGAGGCAAGUCGAUGUACAUGGCCAGCGCAUGCCAUGCACCUCCCCCAGUACGGAGUCCGGAGUACCGUACAACAACCUGCUCAAUAGGCGAGCAGGCGCGAGAGGUCCAGAUCAUAAACGACCGUCCACUUUUUUGCUCAGUCCUUUUUCCUCUCUCCCCAAUCCCAUCUUUCUGCCUUCUCUUUUUCCUGUCUCCCCUCCCAACCCCGGGCAGCCUGCUACGUGGCGGUCCCUUUCAAAAGAAAAGCAAAAAGAUGAGCAGACAGAGAGAAGGGGGAGAGAUAGAAAGAAAUCGAGGGAGAGGGCAAAAAAAAAAAAAAGCAAAAGGUGAGAGGUGACGAGCG